AUGUCGGGCAUCACCUCCAGUUCCGUGAUCGAACUCCACAACAUCUCAACCUCCCCCACAAGCGACCCCGAGAACCCUCGCUCCGUCGUGGACCCCUUCAGUCUAUCCGUCGGGAUAAAGUCCGACGAAGAGAUCUCCACGCUCACCGCGCGACACCGCAAGAAUGCCUCCCGAUGGCCAUACACCGGCGGCCGCCUCCUCGGCCGCGGCGCCGUGACCGUCGCCGACCCGCAGGCGCCCCCGAUGCCAAAGGUAAAACAGAAGAUCGAUGUCAAGGGCAUCAAGGAGUUCUACGAGAGCCAGAACGAGUCAAUCCAGCAGCUGCUGAAGCCCGUGGAGGACCAUGUCCGGGAGGCCAAGGAGGAGCAUGGCGACAACAGGAUAAGAUACCUUAUCGCCGUCAACGGCUCGUUCGCCGCGAACAUCGUUCUCGCCAUCCUGCAACUGUACGGAGCCAUAGCGUCGGGCUCCCUCUCCCUGUUCACAACCAUGGCCGACUCAAUCUUCGACCCGCUCUCCAACCUCUUGCUGAUCCUCUCCCAUCGCGCCGUCAACAAAGUCGACGCCAACCGCUUCCCCUCCGGAAAGGCGCGCAUCGAGACCGCCGGGAACAUCCUCUUCUGCUUCCUGAUGUGCGCCGUCUCGCUGAUCCUCAUUGUCAUGUCCGCGCGCGACAUCGCCGCACACAACGACAGCGAGGAGACCACCGGCUUCCAUCUCCCCUCCAUCAUCGCCGUCGGCGUUGCCUUCGGCACAAAGUUCACGCUGUUCCUCUACUGCUGGAGUCUGCGCAACACGUACUCGCAGGUGCGCAUCCUCUGGGAGGACCACAGGAACGACCUGUUCAUCAACGGGUUUGGUAUCCUCACCUCCGUCGGCGGUAGCAAGCUGCGCUGGUGGAUCGACCCCGCGGGCGCCAUCGUGCUCAGUUUCUUGAUCCUUGGACUGUGGAGCAAGACGGCGUAUGGCGAGUUUAUGUUGUUGAUUGGCGUCAGCGCGGACAACAGCAUGCUGAGACUGAUCACUUAUAUCUCCAUGACCCACUCGGACCAAAUCACGCAGAUCGACACCGUCCGCGCCUACCACAGCGGCCCUAGAAUCAUCGUCGAAGUCGACAUUGUGAUGUGCGCAAACUCGUCGCUCCGCGUAACCCACGAUGUCGCGGAAGAGCUCCAGAUUAAGCUCGAGAGCCUCCCCGAUGUGGAGCGGGCCUACGUGCAUGUUGACUAUGAGACCAGCCACAAGCCCGAGCACUUCCUCAAGAAGGAGUUGUAG